UCUAGAAAUCAGCAAAGACAAAGCGUAGACUUCACUUGUACUCUCUCUCUCUCUCUCUCUCUCUCAACAAACCCAACCGCCACGAUGUUCAGGGAUGUGUCGGCGUGCAGCACCUACAAUUACGCCGACGCUCUCUACUGGGACGCCCGUUACAUUCAAGAAGUGGAGUGCGGCUCCUUCGAUUGGUACCAACGCUAUUCUGCUCUCCGCCCCUUUAUUCGCAAAUACAUCCACCCUAAUUCGCGCGUCCUCAUGAUUGGCUGUGGGAAUGCCGUUAUCUCGGAGGACAUGGUUAAAGAUGGGUUUGAGGAUAUAAUGAACAUCGACAUAUCUUCAGUGGCUAUUGAGAUGAUGAAAAAGAAGUAUGAGAGUGUACCUCAACUUAAGUACAUGCAAAUGGAUGUUAGGGACAUGAGUUUAUUUCCCGAUGAUAUGUUUGAGAGUGUCAUCGAUAAAGGGACUCUUGAUUCAUUGAUGUGUGGUACUGAUGCUCCAUUAAGUGCUUCUCAAAUGUUGGGUGAAGUUAGCAGGCUUCUUAAACCUGGAGGAGUUUAUAUGUUGAUAACGUAUGGUGAUCCUAAUGUGCGGAUGCCGCAUAUAAACCGACCGGUUUACAAUUGGAAAAUCGAAUUGUAUAUCAUACCUAGACCUGGAUUUCAGAAGCCUGGUGGAGCCCCUCCUUUGAGGUCACACCUCGACCCCAUUCCUCUCACAGAGAAAGGCCUACUUCCUGCAGAUUAUGUGAUGGAAGAUCCAGAAUCACAUUUCAUUUAUGUGUGUAAAAAGAUAGCUGUACCAACUGAUCUCCCCAGCAAAUCUGCUGAUUCGUUGGCUGAUGAUGCUAUGCGAAGAUAAUACAGAGCCUGAUUUGAAGAAGCAUUUUAUGGCAGUUACCUCCUGAUAAUCAAGCUAGGCGUUAGAGGGAUAGAGAGGAAGAGGCUUGUCCGCACUCUGAACAACGGAUAAGUGGUUGCUGGUCGGAAAGUUAAAAUCUAGAUUACGCUAGCCAUGUUUGUGUUUGAUUCCCAACUUACUCGAUGAAUAGGUUUUCAACUCUCCAUAUUGUUGAAUUAUACUCCAUAUCACUAAUACAUGCCUCCUUGGAAAACAAAUCUGGUGAAUUCUUCUGUUUAUGUUUAAAAAGAUACUAAAAUAAGAUUGAGAUUUGUCCAA